UCACUCCACUUCCUCAAACUCAAUCUUUCCAAAACUGAGUUCCUAGUAUUCCCCCCAGCCCCCCCCCCCCCCGACUUCUCCAUCAAGAUCAAUAAUACAACCAUCAGUCCCUCCCCUCAUGCCAGGCCCCAAAUCCAAUCACUGUCCAAAUCUUGUAGACUUCACCUCCGCAACAUCUCCAAGAUACGCCCGUUCCUAACCUCGGAAACCACUAAGCAACUUAUUCACUCCCUUGUUAUCUCUCACCUUGACUAUUGUAACUCCCUCCUCAUUGGCCGACCUCAUCGCAGGCUAUCCCCUCUUCUGUCUACCAUGAAUUCUGCGGCCAGACUCAUCCACCUUACUAACCGUUCUGUAUCUGCCAUCCCUCUCUGUCAAUCCCUCCACUGGCCUCCAUUCAGUGUCCUCCACCCCUCUCUGCCAAUCCCUCCACUGGCCUCCGCUCAGUGUCCUCCAUCCCUCUCUGCCACUCCC